UAAUACAUUUACUGUUUUAUUUUCCUUCCUAUAAUUCUACAUUUACAUACAUUCAAAAAGUAACGUUUUUAUAAGUUAUUUUAGUCAAAAGCAACGAUAUGAAUGGUAAUGAAAAUUCUCAUACAAUACCCAAGUUUACAAGAGGAGAGAAAUGUAUAUUUUUUCAUUUAGUUCUAGUCUUCGUAGCAAUUCUUAUUUUGGUCAUAAUUUUUAUACUUCAUUUAUAUACUGUGAAACAUAGCAAGUAUACUGCAAUAAAUGCAAGGCGUUCUGGUCCUAAUAAUGGAGGCUCUGACGUUAGUUAUCCACAAAUAGGGGCAGUUAUUUUAAAUGAAACGGACGUCGUUGUAUGCAAUAGUCUCCUUAUCAAGCCGAAAUGGUCGGUGAGCCCAGCCAACUGUAUUGUAGCCCGUUCUCACCCAGACAUGGCAAAUUUUCUAUAUUCCUGGCGCAUUGUUUACAAAAGUUACAAUAAUUUUGCUACUGAAAUAAAAUCCAGUAUAGUACAUUCCCAUUUUGACAAAGAUACAUUAGGAUACAAUAUUGGAUUAUUUGAACAUGUUUCCAAUAUUCCCUUGGAUCAUUAUGUUCUUACCAAUGUGCCUUGGACUGUGGGCAUGCAUCAUUUUCGGAUCAUUUCAAAUUAUAAACGUAGAGCUGGAGAUAAUUUAAUCCAACAACAUAAUGCUAAAUUAUUUUCUGUGGACAAAUGUACGCAAUACACGUCGCCUAUCUUGGAUUUAAGGAACUAUGAAUUUUGUGUUGUUCCCCAAGAAAGAACCGUUUCUUUAGAAUACGGUGCAUUGGUAUUGUUGAAUGAAAAAGUUGUAGGAUUAUAUUCCUGGGGAGAAAGAAAACUGAGUCAUUUGCCUUUUGUUAUUCUUAAUAUAACCUUUUUCCACGAUUGGAUACACACUAUGAUCUCUUUUGUUUAGUAGAUGCUGAGUAGAUGGUUCUAACAUAUUAAUUUCAAUUUGAUUUUAUCACC